CACACCCCUGAUCAACUACUGUCAAGUGUCAACUAUAUCAAAAAUAAUUCUUUUACUUUACACUUAUCUGAAAUCAAUUUUAAUAAAUUAUGGUGCGAAUUACAUCAGUUUUAUCUAGGGUUCCGGUAAUUAAAUUUCGGAAAGGCUUAGGGUCAUCUCAUGCUCCCUCGGCUACCACCGCUUCCGCGACUGCUAGUGCAACAGCAGCGCAACCAUCGGCUCAAGCUCAACCUGCUGCUGCAAUGAGCAGUGCACCAAUUUCUGACAUAGACCUACCGCUGCGCUACAGAAGACGACCACUGUCUCAGGAAGAGAUUGACUACAUCAACGGCGGAGGAGUUGUUUAGUGCUUCCAUUUAUUGUUUGUAGAUAGUAUUUCUUUGUUUAUUAAUGUAAUUAUAGUUGUUGAAGGUA